GACAGCCGCGAGCACAGGCGCCCACGCCACCGUCACAGAGAUGACUCCAGAGGAAGAGGAUGAAAGGGAUGACAGCAGGAGCCGACCACCGGCCCGACGAUACAAGAAGCCGCCCACACCGCCAACAAGCCCCAAGAGGCAUCGAGGAGACGCGAAGGGCGCCGAUGACCGGCCCCAGAAGCAGGCCCUCACCAAGCCGGCCCCCCCACAAACCGCACAGGAUGUGGCCGACCAGUGGGACAUGUGGCGCUCCCUCCGGGGGGCCCUACGCUCUUUGAGGAAGAGCGGUGCGAGCGAACACUUCAGGGACUUCAUCAACAAGGGGAACUUUGCGCGUAGACACAAAGACUUCCACUCAGACGAGGUCACGCAGUCGCUCCCCAAAUUCGGGAACUGGAACUUAUCCUGUUUUGCACACCUCCUUCUGGGGGAGUUGCCAGAAAACAGCGAAGGCACAGGCCAAUCCGCGACGUAUGGCCGAGCCGUGGAGUGCUGGAUCCACGCGAUCGCCAGUGCUCGAGACCGCACCUUCGAGAAGAUGUACGCAGAGGUCGCGGCGGGGUUGACAGAUCUAAUGUCCCUCAUGGAUGGAGUUCCGACGGCAUGGUACGAGGAUAUGGAUUGGAAGACCACAGAGCCGGAGGUAGGAAGCUUCAUGGAGCACUUCUACCCCAGAGAGCGCCCAGACCACAGCAUCCGGAGCCCAGCCAAGGAUAGCAACAAGGACCCCAAACCGGCCCCAAAGGGGAGCCGCAGGGACGAUCCAGAGGAAGAUGAGAAGGUGGAAGUUGAAGUCGAGUUCACCGAGGAUGAAUGGGAAAAUUGGGAAGAGGAGGAACAGGAAGAGGUCUAUGUGCCGUUCGACUUCGGGCAGCCGCCUCCCCGGCCCCUGAAAUACUAUCGCGACUUCAAGAUUUCCAAACGCCUCUCUGCUUCCCUUCGCCAUGACAAAGGCGAUUUCAACCUGGACUUCAGGAAGAACAUGGCGGCGCCGUUGCGCCAGUUGCUGGCCCACCGCAUCAUGACGGAGGAGCGGAUCAGCCAAGCAGAAAUCAUAGCGGUGGUGUAUCACAACGCGAAGCAAAGAUUUCGCCUGCUCUGGGAGGGCGGCCCAGACGGAGAGCUGUUGAUAGGUGCUGUUCAGGGGCAUUCGAUGGCCGUCGACAAUGCCUCGGUACACUGCAGGGUUGACCAGGACAAGGUCCCCUAUCUCACCCAUGCGACGCACUACGAUUUUUACAAAAACAUUGCCAAAGACGGCCUCCGAGCAGGUGGUGUGGCCGGCAAGGCACACCGAGCACAAGUGCACUGUCUCCCCGACUGCAAGGAUAGCGAGCAGUACUACCCGGAGAAGGCCGACGUGAUCCUCCGCAUCAACCCG